GCGGCGCAGCCGGCAUGACGUCAUCGGCGCGAGCGGCACCGGCAGCGUCAAGCAUGGCUGCCUUCGGCUUAACGGUUAUCCGACAUGGAGAAACAAGAUACAACAAAGAGAAGAUAAUGCAAGGUCAGGGUGUGGAUGAGCCUCUGACAGACACUGGGUUCAAGCAAGCCAACGCAGCUGGGAUGUAUCUCCGUCAUAUCAGAUUUACUCAUGUCUUCACCAGUGAUCUGCUUCGGGCAAGGCAGACCACAGCCUCCAUUCUUAGAAAUAGCCAGCACUGCAAAGAGAUUCCUGUAAAAUGCGACGCCCGCCUUCGAGAACGGAAUUACGGAGUGGCAGAAGGAAGGCCUCUCGGUGAUCUUAAGGCCAUGGCCAAGGAAGCUGGACAGCCAUAUCUGUCUUUUACCCCUCCUGGAGGAGAAACCCUGGAUGAAGUCAAAGCCCGGGUCAAGGAUUUUUUCGAACACAUUUGCCAUCUGGUGGCCCAGGAAACAGCAGAAGGAACGUCCACCCCUUCUUUGCCAAACCACCAGGCUGGGCUGGCCCGCGAUGCUAAUUCCGAAGGAGCUGCAGAAGGGCUGGCAGCCAACAUCCUGGUUGUGAGUCAUGGGGCCUACAUGAGGAACUGGAUCGGCUACUUCACUUCAGACCUGCGGUGCACCUUGCCCGCCACGUUGACAAAGGCUGAAUUGUCUUCGCUGACUCCCAAUACCGGGAUCAGCCGCUUCCUUGUCAAACUGGAAGUGAGAGAGGACGGCCUCCAGCCGAAAAUCCACUGCCUCUUUCUCAACCGAGGGGAUCACUUGCACACCCUAAGUGACAGCUGAGAGCAGGCAGCUGGGAAACUUAACACGGGCAGGAAUUAUUGCUUCCCCCGUGGCCUCGUAAUCACCUUUUCCAUCGUGCUUGAACACCUAGCACGAGGGGUCUUCCAACUCGGCCCUUUGAUGACUUGUGGACUUCCACUCCCAGAAUUCCUCAG